CGGGCCGGGCCGGGCCGGGCAUGGCUGAGGGGGCGGCGGGGCCGGGCGGCGCCGAGCGCUACUUCACCCGCUGGUACAAGCCAGACGUGAAGGGGCGGCCGUGCGAGGACUUCUGCGUGCUGCAGCACUCCAACAGAAUCUGUGUCAUCACGUUGGCAGAAGCCCACCCUCUUCUGCAAAGUGGGAAAACAAUUAAAAACAUUAAUUACCAAAUCAGUGCAAACUGUAGCAGACUUCAGAAUAAGGUCUCUGGGAAGUCAAAAAGGGGAGCUCAGUUUUUAACAGAACUUGCCCCUCUGUGCAGGAUAUCUUCAUCAGAUGGAGAGGAAUACACCAUUUACAGUUGCAUACGAGGGCGGCUGAUUGAAGUGAACGAGAACAUCCUUAGCAAUCCUGCUCUUCUGCAAGAAAAGCCAUCAACUGAGGGGUACAUUGCAGUGGUUCUACCCAAAUUUGAAGAAAGCAAGAGUGUAACUCAGGGACUUCUGACGCAGAAGGAGUACGAGGAAAUUUUGAUGAAACGUCGCAGUUCUGCUUCAUGAAAUCAACUCUACACUUCCCAUUUGUGUUUGAUACUAAAUAAGUCACUUUUAUUGUACACUCUGAGUUUUAUAGUAUGGAAAAGGCCCAGUGCCAGUUUUUAAAAGUGGAACUAAACUCCUUGAUUCGUAAAAGAAUAAACCAGUUAAAAUAGUUUGUAUAUUAAAAUUUCUGUAAAAACUUGACGUAAAGUUUUUCUUUUUCUCUGAAUUCUAGCACUACAGGUUUUUAAAUAAGCUCAGAAUGGCAUGUUGGGGAUUAUUUAUGUUCCACAAUCAGCCUUGCUUCUGCUUAAUGCAAGCAUAGUACAUAUAGAAAAAUAAUAGCAUUUAGCUAUCAUGUAAUUUAGCUAAACUAAUGCUAUAUGGAGUUUGACACAGGUGAAUGGAAAACAAAAAUGCAACAAAAACCUAUGUACAAAGAGCAGAUAAAUUUGAAAAUAUAUAUUUCACACCAAGUUGUAUUUUCAUGGUAUUCUGAAGACAAAUAAUGCCCUUUGUACAGAAUUUUGUAAUAAUCACUAGCUAUUUUCUUCAAUUUUA